AUGUUCACACAGAUAGAAAAUGACUUCGAUAGAAACAGACAGCCACCACUAGGUCCUACUGGUUUCAACGAUCAUCAAACGAGAUAUGGAGUGUCACCUUCAUUACAGAACUUCCAAGGGCAACCGAGUAUAUUGAGCAGUCCAGCGCCCCCAAUCCAAUUCCCACAGCCAAUCUUUCAACAACAACCAUAUGUUCCGCAGUUCAACAAUUUAUUACCAACUCAAAACGUUCCAAGUAAUGCUCCCAUUCAAAACAACAAUGGAUUUCAGUAUAGCCAACCCUCAAACGUAAAUCCAAUAAACAAUUUGGGUCAAAUUCAACAGCAUCAAAAUAUACCACAACCGAUUCCCACUUUGUCAGCAUUUCAAAAUAAUGGUCUUCCAUUAACGCAAAGCGCUCCACAAAGGUUUAAUCAGAAUCAAAAUAUUCAUAGUCCAAUUUCUAUAGCGCAGCAGAGGCCUACACAGGCCGCAUUUUCACCAUCUCUAAGCACUGGUCAUAAUCCAGCUUUCAGUGCACCCAAUCCCAUAACUAUUCAAGCCGCACCUAAUCUAGCGCCACAGAAUUUGAACAAUCCUCAAAUUCCUUUCCAGACAUCAAUAAGUCAAUCGCCAUUAUAUAAUAAUGGACAAUCUGUGUCACAGUUAAGGGAUUAUUAUGAACAACAAUCAAAAGAAAAUCUAGAAAAAUUAAAGGAGCUCCAAGAAAGACAAAGAAUUAUUCAGAAACAUCAAGAGUUUGUUCAGAAACAGCAACAAAAGCAACAAGAGAAAGUAGAAAAAUUACACGAAGAAUUUGUCAGUAAGCAGGCCACAAAGUCAAUACCAAGUUAUACGACAACAGAGAAUUAUGAAGACUUCUUCAAACGUAAUCAAGAAAAACGAAGACCCUUACUACCACAUGAAACAGAUUUGUUCAGGAAAGCUGUUGAACAAUAUGAAAAGGAGCACCCAACUACAACGACAUCUACGACUACAACAACAACAACUACUACAACAGCACGGCCUACUGUGAGGUAUAGAACUCGUUCACCGACCAGAACCAGGGCUCCUCCUCAAGACAGAAACAAACAAAAGCUAUACAACGAAAUUAAAAAUCUCCUUGAAGAGAGUGAUACAAAAGGUUUUGAUGAUAAUUUAAGAGCCAAAAGCGUAGCAUUACUUCAAAAGCCAGAUAUAUUAAAACAACUUAAAGUUGCCUUAGCAGAAAAUCCAGAAGAUUUUAAUGAAAAAAAUUUCACAUCUCGCGAAAUUUCUUUAAACGGUCAAAAGUUUGAAGUUAUAAGAACAACUAACCCGAAUUUGAUUCCAAAAGGAGCAAUAGCCGCUGACAGUCCGGACUUAGGUAAGCUGAUAACAGCUACUCAAGAACCGCAAAAGGAGAGUCGCAUCUCUUUUGACGAUUUAACAAAAGGUGUUUUACCACCUGGAGCUAACUUCGAACUUAUAAAACAAGCUGACAACGGUAAUUUGGAAGAAGUUUCUAAAAUACCAAAUUCUCUGCAAAAUAAAAAGAAAGUCACAUUCGUGUUUCUGGAGGAACAAGAUGAUGGCACAUUCAAAGUGAAAGGUGUGAAGGCAAACGGACAACAAACCGAAGAAGGGCCUGAAGUUGAAGACAUUUUGAAUAAGAUAAAGAAGGGCGAAAUACAACUGCCAGGACCAACCAAAAUUAGUAAUAAUAUUUACACUUCCAGCACCCAAAGCCCUACUAUUGCAACAACUGAAUACAUAGCCGAAUCAUCACAUCACCCGUCAAGUUACACCAGUUUCGUAACAACGUCGAAUUACGGUAACUCCGGACAUACUAACCCAAUACAAACAACACCCUCUUCUACUUAUCGUAAUUCAAUUGUAUCAUCAACAAGAGCUACUCCCGAGACCCAAACAUAUGCGCCUACCACACGAGCGACCACUAGUGAAAGAUAUGUUAUCAAAUCAUCGACUCCGAAUUACAUUAAAAAUAGACACAGCCAUAAUCAAGCGUCAAGAAAUCAUGUUCCCAGUACAACUGUAAUAAAUACAACUCCCAUUUAUAGAACGACGCCUCAAGAUAUUGUUGUAAUCGGAUCAAGUGCAGCCCCGAAUUAUGAAGAAUCUACUGUUAACUUGAAGUAUGAUAAGAGUGAUACACCCGAUCUGGUAGAUAUUUUGAAAGAAAAUGGUCUGUUCGCAACAGCUAAAUAUUUGAAGCAAUCAGGCUUGGAUGCGAUAUUAAAUGAAACAGGACCUUACACAAUUUUCGCACCAACUGACAAAGCUUUCAGGACUUUAUUGGUUCAACUCGGAGGACCUGAUAGGGCAGAGGAAAAGUUCCGUGACAAUCCUAGACUAUUGAGUGGGUUGCUACUCCAUCACGUGAUCCCGGGCGCGUUCGACAUCGGCUCUCUCCAAGACGAGAUGACAGGCGUCUCGCUCGCCGGCACUCAGCUUCGGGUCAAUCAGUAUGACAUGCACGACGUCGAGUGGAACGAGGUGCGAGUGACGACGAUAAACGGUGCUCGAAUCCUUGAUGAUAAGAAGGACAUACAUAUACCACAGGGCAUAGCUCACGCCGUGGACCGCGUGAUGUUCCCGCUACCGGUGGGUGACCUCGUCCAGACGUUGCAGGCGGACCGCGACCGACGCUUUACGACUUUCCUAAAAGCAAUAUACGCCAGCGGCUUCGCGGAAACUUUAGCUGAGAGCAAAACGUACACGGUGUUCGCGCCGACGGACGCGGCGUUCGCGCGCGUGUCGCCGGCCGAGCUGUCGCGCUACGCGGAGCGGGCGAGCGCGCGCGCGCUGGUGGCGCGCCACGUGCUGCCCGGCACGCUGUACAGCGCCGGCAUGCGCUACUACCAGCUCAGGAACUCCAUGGAGGACGCCAAGCCCUUGACCCUGCAGAAGAGCUCUGGUCGCAUCAAAGUGAACAACGCCCAAGUGAUAACACACAACAUCCCAGCGACCAACGGCGUCAUCCACGCCGUGGACACGCUGCUGUAGACCACGUCCCGCCAAA